GGGCAGGUUCAGGGCAGUGUUCUAAGUUACAUCUAAAGAAGCCAAGAGUGGAAUUUGAUUUUUCCCAGAUCUUGUUAAUGUGAGAGGUCCAAUGGAUGGUCUGGCUGAGUCUGAGUUUAUUUAAAAAGAGGGGACAGUUCCUGCAACACAUAAAAAUGAAAAUUUCUCAUGAAAACUUGAUACACAAUCAGUCCCCAGAGUACAGGAAGGCCCUUCAGGAACUCAUCAAGUUUGAACUACAAGCAUUGGUUGAGCGUUUGUCGGCCACUGGAGAGGAGGCCCUUGUGUUAACAGCCAGUGUACAAGAUGGUUCAUCCACACAGUUUGGAUCGCACAGAGCAGAGUGCUUUCUGAGUAAACGCAGCUGUCUUGAACAGGAGUUCCUAAAUUUUUGUUCAGGGUUUUUAGAUGAAGUGGCAGCCAGUUCUGCUGAUGAACUGUGUCACUAUGGCGAUGAAUUGGAGGAAGAUGAAGCAAAAGAAGAACUGAACAGUUGCCCGUCAGAUGUUCCUAUACAGUUUUCCCCAUUGAGAACAAGGGAAAGAACAAACUCAUUGAGAAUCUCUUUCUCCGAAAACGAUGCUCAAGAGAACCUGGAUGAAGCCUCUCAGAAUUCAGACAUUUUUGCGACUGAGCGCAACAACUGUGCUUCUUCAGUGGCCAGUUUCCAUGAUGCAAGUGAAAAAGAUCCUAAGGACCAGUCUGGAGUGAAGAAGAAUCUGCAGUGUAGAGUAUGCUGUCGAAAUUUCCGGUCCUACAAAACUCUGGAGCAGCACACAAGGCUCCAUAUGGCAAAGUCUUACAAGUGCAGCUUCUGUGGCAAGAUUUUCUCCAUGAAAAAGAGUUACCUGAAGCAUGUUAAGAACCACAAACACCAAAGCUCAGACAAAAUAUUUGAAUGCAGAGUUUGCAAUCAGUCCUUUACAGACCUAAUGUCUUGGAAGAGACACAAAGAGUGUCACUGUGAGGUGCAAAAAUUCUCCUGUAACCUGUGUGGGAAAUCUUUUAAUGAGAAGUAUUCUUUGAGAGUUCAUCAAACCAGUCACUUCUUUUCAACACAGAAGCUAGACAAGAACUCUGAUACGACGGCUGGACAGUCAUGUAACACGUGCGGCAAACUGUCAAAAACAAAAGCAGCCAUGAGAAAUCACAUGCUUUCACACUCGGUGAAGAAAUUUUCCUGUGAAUAUUGUAAUAAACGUUUCAGUGUUCGGUACAGUUAUAUACGCCACAGGAGGAUUCAUACUGGGGAGAGACCUUACAAGUGUGUGGCCUGCACUCGUAGCUUCUCUGAUGGCAGUGCUUGGAGCAAGCACAUCAAAACACACACGGGAAUCAAACCGUAUUCAUGUGACCUCUGCUCCAAAUCAUUCUAUUACAAAGCUAACUGUAAAACUCACAUGAAGAAAGUUCAUAAUAUUCAGGGUAAGAAAGUUGUUACUGCCAUGACUGCCGCAGUUGCAAAGACAGAGAAAGACAAAAAACCUGAAUACAGUUUGUUAGUGAGUGGUAUUGAAAAUGAGUAUCAUGCUGCAAAAGAGUUUGAUGCUCCAUUGAAUUUUGCAAUUCCAACCGCUGAAGAUGAGAUAUUUGGGGGACAGUUGAAUCUUCAACUGGAUGAAAGUGACAAGGAAUCAGAGGUCUCUAACUUGCUUGGCUCUGCAUUUGGACAAGACAUCAUGUCAAGUACUGAAAAAGAUGAUUUCACAAACAUGGGUGAAAGUCAUGACAACAACUUUACAUCUACCUCUAUCAUGGAAAGUCUUGUCUUAGAUGAAAAGUUUCAGACUGAAUUCGUGGAAAGAAACCUUCCUGAUAGGGCCAUUGAAUCAGAUCAUGAUUUUAUUUCCGCUGAAUUUCCAGAGGAAUCAGAAAUUUUAGUAAAUGAAAUGGAAUCUAACAUUCAGGAACAAAAAGAUUUGAAGACAAACUCAAGAGACCAGGUAGUUGUUCUUCCUUCAAGUCUAAAAACGCAGAAAAAGACAUGGGCUGCCAGAAAAACAUUUAAUGGUAAACCACUUCCUGAAUCACCAGCCAAAUGUAAAAUUUGCCACAAAAAGUUUAAGCAAGAAUCUGUUUUGAAGCAACAUUUACAGUUCCACUGCAUGUUGAAAUUAUACAAGUGUCGUUACUGUGGGAAGCAGCUAUCCACAAAGAACAGUCUUAUCCGUCACGAGCGCAUCCAUGUGGGGGAUCGACCUUGGCAGUGUAGCAUGUGCAACAAGACGUUUGCUGACAACUAUGGCUGCAUUAGACACAUCAAUACCCAUUUCAAGAAAGAUGAUAAAUCCUCUGUGAAAACAUCUCAAGAUAUAUAUACCAGUAACUUUUCUGAUUAUACAGCAACUGCACUAGACAAUUCACUAGAAAUGGCAACCUCCAUGCCACCUUUUGUGGCUGCAAAUGAUAUCUCAGCUGACUUGUCUGCGGGGAAUAUGGAUAGUGCUGCCAGUAUCAGCAUUAAUGGUACUUCUAGUUCUGAAGUUAGUGAUCCUAGUGCAUGUAUUUUGCCAGUUAUUGACAGUCAGUCAGCCGUUAUCAGUGAUUCUUGGAGUACCUGUCUGUCAGGUCCUGCCUCUAGUCUGCCAUAUCAGCAGAGCAACGAGGAAGAGGAACAAGCAUUUCUUCAGCACACAAAUACAAUCCACAAUGGAAAACCAGUCAAUGAGGGUCAGUCGGACAGCAGGUUACACACAGAAACUGAAGAAUGUAAACCAGCAGUUGCAAAGGAGAAAAAGUACCUGUACAAAUGUGCUAAAUGUUGUUCAUUCUUUCAUACUGAAUUAUUGUGCAUUGAUCACAUUAAACAAUCAUGCGGUAAAAUUUGCCUGAAUCUUCUCACAGUGGAUAAGCCUCAACAAGAUAACCUUGCUGGUCAAUCAGUGGUAAACAGUUCUUCUACAUCUAGUGAGUCCGAGACCUAUCUUAGCCAUAUACAGUGUUCCAUCUGUUAUUCUAUUUUCAAGGACAAAGCAUCAUGUCAGUUGCACAUCUCGAACGGUUGUCGAGACCCAGACAAAAAACCCAUGACCACACAAGUAGAGUCAACUGUUCAACCUCUGCAAACACAAGCUCAGUUUCUCCAAGCAGAAACGCAUAGUUUCAUUUCUGGGAAAAACCAAGCCAAACUUUUAUUGACAUCCACUUCAACACCAUCAUCUAUUUUUUCCGUCAUUGCUGACAAAGAUGUUGGUUCAAAUACAAUCAUUGCAGUCUCCCGACAGAAUACAGGAAGCAGCAACAUGGCCUUCAUUCCAUAUCCGGGUACUCAUAUUUCCACUCAGAAUCUGUCAGGCAUUCAUACAGCUGCAACAGUAAGCAAGGACUCUCAGUUUACAACUCUGAUACAAAAACCAGCCACUCCUGUAGGUUUACUGACUACUCAGACUCUGAUCCCACAGGGGUUAGGCACACUUACCUGUAAUCAGCUCCCUGGCAAGUCUGACAAGAAGAAAAAUAGUGGCGAUGAGAGUGAGAGGACCUGUCCCCUGUGCCACAAAGUGUUCACCAACAAACACAUCCUGAAACAGCACACAUUGAUCCACAUGGAUCGCAAGUUUGGCUGUAAGUACUGCAUGAAGAAGUUCCACAACAAGUACGGCCGGGACAGGCAUGAGAGGAUCCAUACAGGGGAGAUGCCCUUCUCAUGUCCAAGCUGUAAGAAAGCCUUCCGCGAUAACAGCACUUUCAGAAAACACACACGCUUGUGCUGCCCUGAUAAAUAAAUUGCCAGCUGUCUGAAUGGAAAUCUAUACAAAGGAAGAAAAUGCAAAUUGAUUACAAUGUCAGUGGUUGAGCACAAAAUUUAAUUGAGCCUUAAUCUGGGAAAAUGGGGCUUAACCAAUGUGCGUAAAGUGCCAUCCUAGAUAAGCUUGUGCAGUCAGCACAAACUUAUCAGGGACAUUACUUUCUGCUUAACAUGGAUUGUUUGAAGAGAAUGUUCCAUUUAACAAAAUUACAAUAGAGCGGAAAAAGACGUAUCUGAUAAGCUUGUGCGGACUGCACAGUUUAAUCUGGUAAGACACUACACAAAUGCAUAAACCUCUUCUUUCUAGAACGGGGCUCAAUUGUAUCUGAUAAAGGAAUUAUAGUAGAUUCAACAGCUCCUAACUUAACCCUUUUAUUGCUUUUAAAUGAACCUAUUCAGCAUAGCUAUUGUUGUUUGUUUGUGCCUAUGAAAGACAAAACAUGUAUUUAUUUGUAAGAGCUCAGAGUAGCCAUGUAAUAUUUACAUUACUUAGAUCUUGUUUAGAGCCUAGUUAAGAUUUUUAUGCCUCCAGAUCGAUAGAUCGGGGGUAUAUUGUUUUUGUCCUGUCUGUCAUUCUGUCCCAAAACUUUAACUUUGGUUAAAGUUUGAUAACUUUUGCAAUAUUGAACAUACCAACUUGAUAUUUACCAUGCAUGUGUAUCUCAUGUAGCUGCUCAUUUUGAUUAGUGAAAAGUCAAGGUCAUCUUUCAAGGUCAAAGGUCAAAUAUCAUUGUAUUUUUCUUUCCUAAAACUUCAACCUUCGUUAAAGUUUUAUCAUUACUUUUUUAAUAUUGAACACAGCAACUUCAUAUUUGGCCUGCAUGUGUAUCUCGUGCAGCUGCACAUUUUGAGUGGUGAAAGGUCAAGGUCAUCCUUCAAGGUCAAAAUUUAAAAAAAUUGUAAUUUUCAUUUCUCCAUUCAAUCUCUUACUUACUUUCGUGCAGCUGCACAUUUUUAGUGGUGAAAGUUCAAGGUCAACCUUCAAGGUCAAAGGUCAAAUAUCAUUGUAUUUUUCUUUCCUAUAACUUUAACUUUCGUUUAAGUUUUAUCAUAACUUUUUAUGCCCCUGGAUCGAAUGAUCGGGGGUAUAUUGUUUUUGGCCUGUCUGUCUGUCAUUCUGUCCCAAAACUUUAACCUUGGUUUAAGUUUUGCGAUAUCUUUCGAAAUAUUGAACAUAGCAACUUGAUAUAUCUCAUGGAGCUGCACAUUUUGAGUGGUGAAAGGUCAAGGUCAUCCUUCAAGGUCAAAGGUAAAAAAAAAACAAAGCAGCACAAUAGGGGGCAUUGUGUUUCUGACAAACACAUCUCUUGUUGAUCCUUUAUUUUUUUGUUGAUAGUUACUUUUGGUUCUAAAAUAAUGAUUUUCCAUGAUAUUUAUACAUUUAUUGUGAAAGAAUAUCUUGCAAACUUAAAAUAGUGGGAAAGUUGUCAUCCAGGUUAUUACACAUUAUGUUGUAUAAUGCUAUAAGUAUACAGGUUUGACAAAUUAGUGCAGUUACAUGGACUUUUUUGCUUGCAGCGACAGUGACUACAAAAUUAGACUUACAAUUUGAUGGAUGCUUGAUUUGUAAUGAAUUUAAAGUUAGCGUUGAAUAAAUGGUAGUUGAUAGAGUGAGGUUUAUUUAUACUGAACCAAAAAGAACAAAUUUCAUUGUUAGGCAUAAGUUAUAUUUUAUCAUCACUUGCCUCUAUCCCAGGUCUCAAAUUCAUUAAAAAUGUUCACAUCACUGUGUGUAUUUGCUAUGCUGUACACUGGAAGUAGCUUGCAGCUAUUUGUAUCUCACAGGAGGUUACCGGUAUUAAGCCCACGCAGGCUUAAAACAGCAUGCAGAAACAACCAGAUUAUUCCUAGUUUUGAUAAAAGACAGUUAUAAUUAUAUUAUUGUCAUUUUUAAUGAACAAUAAUUUUAAUUAUGUAUUGUAAUGAUUACAUAUGUAAGUUUUUAUUUGUGAAACAACAUUUCAUAUUUUCUUGAGUGUAGUAUAAUGAAGAGAAUGUGGAAUAGUUGUAUCUUUGUGCUUUUCUGUGUUGUGACUUUAUUUUGAAAAUAUUUGUUUCUAUGUGAACCAAUUAAUGCAUGCAUGCUAUAAAAGUUGAUACAACAGUUUAAGGAGUGAAGUUGUUAUGCCUACUAUGAUAUAUACUUUUUUUCAGAUAUGCAAGAUCAUGGAUACAUAAUUUUGUUGGUGAAAGUAAUUGUUAGUACAAAAAGAAAUACAUGCACUUUCAUUACUGUUUCUUGUUGAGGAGUUAUAAAUGAAACCCACAUCAUGAAAUAAGUAAAUCACUUCUUUGUAUAAAACUGAAUUUAAUUUCAAUUGUAGAAAAUAUGAAAAUAUAGUUCUUUUAUUUUUUAAAUCAAUGAAAGUUUAACUUAUUCAUUACAUUUAUUGGGUCUCCAGUUCUUAAGAAGUUUGUUGAUAUGUUCAUGUCACUGGUGUUGGUCAUAUUUCAAGGAAUAAUUUGCAACAGUUUUAAAUCAAACUUGAUACAAGUUUGUACAAGUAUUUUAAUUACGAACAUUUGGAAAAAUCAUCAUUUCCGUUAAAGACAUAUUUUCAUGUGCAAGGAAGAUUUAUUUAUUUGAUAAAUCAACAUGUUUUGAAAUAGAGCCAAGAAAAGUUUUAAUUUUUGUCACUUUGGUUGUAUCUAUGUAAACCUAUAAGAUUUUUUUUUAUACAAUACCGGUAACUUGUUAAUGAUAUUUGAAUAAAUGUUAUACAUCUCAUUGACUGUUGUAAGUCAUGGUUAUUUUGAAUUAUUGUUUAUUAUUUGUUAUUGUAUCAUGCUUUAAGUAAUGGAUAUGGUUUUAAGCGGUUUAUUGUACUAUCUGGGUUUUCUUAAUGUAUGGUGCUGUAUUGGUUCACUUGAUAUUUUCUUUACAUUUUAAAUUGGUAUGAGCUACCUGCAAAUUUAUAUAUGAUGGGUGUUUUGUUGUAGUUUUUCUUUAUUAAAUUAAUGCAUUGAAGAAUAAAAAAACUCAUCCUGUUAACCUG